AUGCCUAAACAGCAAAAGAAGAGCUUUCAAGAAAUUUGCCUUGAGCUUGAUCUUCAAACUCUUAAGGAGUAUGCCGAAGGAAGACGUGACGGUGAGAGGGUACCCAGAGGAAAAAUGAGAGCCGCCCAAGCAGAGCUGGCUGUGAGAAUGAUGUGCAAACAAGAAAGAAUCGAGGAGACAGAACCAUACUCGCCGUACUAUACAGACAAACGGACGUGGUCAAAACAGCCGAGCCCGAAUUUCGACAAACGCCUAGAAGAGAUGACCCACAACGAACGAGAACAGCUCAUGGAGCCCUACCGAGACGCUGCUGCCACGAUAAGAAAUCUACAACGACCAGAAAUAUUUCGAAAGGAUGACGACCCGCUCGAGCAACUGGCGAAUGAUCAUCACUACAUCAAGAUGGUCCACGAUCAUGCGGCCUUCUCCAAAUGGUAG